AUGUUGAUGAGAGGACGGGCUCGGACAAUACUUUUGAUUAUUAUACUUAUGAGUUGUGUCUUAUACAUACUUAUUUCGGCUUCUACAUUAUUUUCUGCUUUCGAGGUGUUUAGAAAUAACAUUGUCAUAUUACCUGGACGAAAAUUGGGUAAUUUAUCGAAAUACUCACCGCUCAUUUUCAUUGGAGGUGUUCCACGAUCAGGGACAACAUUAAUUCGUGCCAUGUUGGAUGCACAUCCUUCUGUGCGAUGUGGUGAAGAAACACGUGUAAUACCACGCAUUUUGGGACUUAGAUCACAGUGGAAAAAGAGCCAAAAAGAAUGGAACCGUUUGAAAGAAGCGGGUGUCACUGAUCAAGUAAUUAAUGAUGCUAUAUCAUCAUUUAUAUUACAAGUAAUAGCAGGUCAUGGUGAACCUGCUGAAAGGUUGUGCAAUAAGGAUCCUUUUACGAUGAAGUCAGCAGAAUAUCUUGCUCAUCUGUUUCCAAACAGCAAAUUUUUAUUGAUGAUUAGGGAUGGCCGGGCAACAGUUCAUUCAAUCAUAUCGCGUCAGGUAACGAUCACGGGUUUUGAUCUCAACGAUCCGAGACAGUGUUUGGAUAAAUGGAACAGUGCUAUCAAAAUAAUGUACGAGCAGUGCAAAGCAGUAGGUCAAAGACGAUGUUUGACUGUUUAUUAUGAACAGCUGGUAUUACAUCCAGAACAGCAGUUGCGUCAUAUUCUUGAAUUCCUCGAUAUUUCAUGGAAUGACUUAGUGCUUCAUCACGACAAACUAAUCGGCAAAGAUAUUUCACUAUCAAAAGUUGAACGAUCCACUGAUCAGGUAAUCAAGCCAGUAAACUUAGAUGCAUUAACGAAAUGGGUUGGUACGUUUAGUGAAGAUAUUGUACAAGAAAUGGCAUCUAUAGCACCAAUGUUGGUGGUACUUGGAUACGAUCCAAAUGCUAAUCCGCCCAAAUACGGUGAGCCCGAUCCAAUUGUACUGAAGAAUACUGAUGAGUUACGCAUGAACAAGGGAGAAUGGGAACGUAGAGCAAAAGAGGUAGUUGAUCUAGCAGUAGGUGCUGCGCCGCGUCCUCCACUUGCUGGGUGA